UAUUAUCUUGGAUAGAGGUAAAGUGAGAAUAAAAGUCUCAACUUUUAACAUUUUUAAUCCAAUAAAAUACUACAGAAAGCUGAAGAAAGAUUUAAUAUUAUUGGCAAUAUGGGUACUUCGAACACAAAUGAUACAUUUUAUAUAAGAGACAAUAUUUUAAUAGGAUCACAAACUUUGAAUCUAGAUGAUACACAAAAUUGUUUAAAUAUUGGAUAUCUAAUUUUGACAUCCUUUAUGUCUAACCCGAAUUUCAUUGGUCAGGUGGAUGCGAAAACGGGAGAAGAAAAUACAUUCUAUUACAUGAGAAAGCGGAGCGUGAAAUGUGCAUUAUGGAUGCAAGACCAGGGUAUUCAACCCAAUGAUGUAAUAAUGAUAUGCACAAACAAUCAAUUAGAUGCUUAUGUACCGUUUCUGGCGGCUUUAUACAUUGGCGCUGUUGUUAGUCCGUUGGAUCCGUAUUUUAUCGAAGACAAUAUAAGUUCCGUUUUGGAGCAAGUUAAGCCGUCUAUGCUCUUUAUUGACGAAAAGUUUUAUAUGAUAGCUCUUCGCUCUAUGAAUGAAUUAAAAAUUCCCAAAGGCAUGCCCAAAACAAAAAUCAUAGUUUUUUCUGAUAAGGAUAAAAAUCCAUCAACUAAAAAUAAAAAUUUACCAACUCUGGAAGUUGUCAUGAACUACAGCGAUCUGGUCAGGGUUGAACUUUUUUCAUGUGUAAAAAUGACAAAUAUAAAGUCAACUGCAAUGAUAUUGUUUACUUCAGGCACAACUGCUUCUCCCGUACAUAUAAAAAUUCCUCAUGUAGCUUUCAUGGCUCCACCAGAUCAGCACGCACCCAAUAUGCUUAAAAAUGAUACCGCUCUGUUGUUUGAAUCCUUAUGCUUUAUCAAUGGCAUAUUCAUAACUAUUCAGGCUAUUCUUUUGCACGUAAAAGUAAUCAGAAUUGAAUCGCGGUUUGAUGCAGAAACAGCGUGUAAAAUAAUAGAGAAAUACAGGGUGACGUGGGCUUUUCUUGAAACUAGUAUGUGCCUCCAAUUAAUUAAAUCUUGCCAGCUUGAAACAGACGAUGUCUCCUCUUUAAAGACAGUUGUAUUCAGCGAGAUCAAAAAUUAAUAAAAGUACGUCCAAACAAGCAUGGUCAGAUUUAUUGCACUUCUCCCUAUAUGAUGAUAAUACAUGAGACUCAAGAACUUCACGGUUAUUUAAUUACAUUC